AUGCAGCUAUCGGAGCAGGGAACAAGAAAAGCAAAGCACGUUCCUUUGCCUUAGGUUGGUUAACGUAAGAUCGUUUUUAGUUUUAAAGUGGGUGUAACGGUUCACUCUGUGGGUAAUUACGGAUAUUUAUAGGUGGGCAUGUGCUGGGUAUAGACUCCUCUAAAGCAAUAAUUGUCGUUCUUUUCGAAAAUAUAUGUAAAACCUUCAGAACCCGUCCACAAUUUUUUCUACGACAUGACUCUCCCGCCGCUGUCUCUCCUUGCAAGAGGUGUUUACAUUCCGUUGUCUGAAGAUGACAGAUCACAUUUUCUGGUAUGAAAACUAUGAAUGAAGCUGGCCUUCCCUCAGAGCCAUUGGAGACCUGAUAUACGGAAAAUACAGAACUCAGGAGAUAGCAGAAACCAGUGGAGGUUGUGUUCACUUGUUUGAGCCCAGCCUGGCCUCAUCAUGUCAGCAGACUCGAACCCGCACCCUCCACGUCUCGUGAAUCCUCCGCCCCCUGAAGUGACGGACCCCAGCAGGCCGGGCCGGAGGACCAACCAGCUGCAGUACAUGCAGAACGUAGUGAUCAAGUCCCUGUGGAAGCACCAGUUCGCCUGGCCUUUUUAUAAGCCUGUUGAUGCAGUCGCUCUUGGACUACCAGACUACCAUAAAAUCAUAACAUCUCCCAUGGAUUUGGGAACCAUCAAGAAACGACUUGAGAACAACUACUACAUGAGCGCAACUGACUGUAUGCAAGACUUCAACACCAUGUUUACAAACUGCUACAUCUACAACAAGCCCACUGAUGACAUCGUGCUGAUGGCCCUCGCCGUGGAGAAGGUUUUCCUGGAAAAAUUUUCCCAGAUGCCACCGGGAGAGGUGGAGAUCAUUCCUCCAGCGGCUAAAGGGAAGGGCAAGAAAAGCAGCACUCCAGGUGGGGAGGCUGUCACUGCCGAAACAUGUUCUUCGGCUACAUCGCCCACAUCUCAGCCCAGCCUCAGCUACACCACCUCCAGCUCAUCCCCAGCGCCCAAACACCCGGCACACACCACAUUAAAAAACAAGUACCACGUGAAGCGGAAGGGAGACCUCCCCGCGGUUUUCUCCUCAGCGGGCAUCACCAGUGUGAGUGAUUCAUCAGGAGGCAAGAGGAGACGAGAAAGCGUAGACCGAGGACAAGAGUCAGGUGAAGGGAAGAGUCAGCUCCAGUACUGCAGCGACAUCCUGAAGGAGAUGCUGUCCAAGAAAUAUGUUGCCUCCGCCUGGCCGUUCUACAAGCCCGUGGACGCUGAAGCUCUGCAGCUACACGAUUACCACCAAAUCAUCAAAUACCCCAUGGACCUCGGCACUGUGAAGAGAAAGAUGUCUGAGGGACAGUACGUGGACGCACAAGGCUUCGCCGCUGACGUCAGGCUCAUUUUUUCCAACUGCUACAAAUACAACCCUCCGAAUCACGAAGUCGUCACCAGGGCCAGAAAACUCCAGGGAGUGUUUGAGAAGCUGUUCGCCAAGAUGCCGGACGAGCCGGUGGAGAUUACUUCCCCAAAAAGCGCCGGCUUUGGUGAAUUAAGCACCAACAGCUCCUCCAACCUGGACGUGGAUGAGGAGCGGGCCACUCGACUUGCUGAGUUGCAAGAACAGGUGGGUGCAGAACAGCUCAAGGCUGUUCACGAUCAACUCUCGGCCCUCUCUGACAUCCCCGCGAUGAAGCCAAAGAAGAAGAGAGAAAAGGACCAGAAAGAGGAGAGCAAGCAACCCAAAGGCAGCACAAAUCCCAUCUCCAGGGAUUGCCAGGCGAGCAAAGACUGGGACUCAGACGACGAAAGUCUGCUGAUGACGUACGACGAGAAGCACCAGCUGAGCCUGGACAUUAACAGGUUACCCGGCCACAAGCUAGGUAACGUGGUGCGCAUCAUACAGACGCGAGAGCCCUCGAUGCGCGACACCAACCCGGACGAGAUCGAGAUCGACUUCGAGAUGUUGAAGCCGUCCACCCUGCGCGAGCUGCAGCGAUACGUCCAGUCCUGCCUGCGCAAGAAGUUCAAGAAAUUUCAGAAGAGAAGCAGGCGAGCUGAGUCGCACCACGUCAGCUGCAGCAGCUCCUCAGAUUCCUCCUCCAGCAGCUCCACUGACUGCAGCACAGAAAACAGCGACUCCUGACGGCUUUACUGUUUUUAUUUAUUUCUUCAACAGAGAGUGUCUCCAAGCGUUUUCGUUUUUGUUAUAUGUUCAAACAUUUGGAAAAUUAAACUUCCCAAAACAGCA